AUGCGUCCAUCAAUCAAAUUUCUAGCCACGCUUGUCUUCUUAAUCACGUCCGGUGUUAUGGAACUUACGGCAGCGUUUUCGGCCAACCGGAACUCACCGGGAGGCAGAGCGCUUCUGGCGGAGGUAGAUAUUCCCGAUGAAACCCGAUUUUCGUGUGUUGAUGUCGCCACCUUAUUAAAGCCUUGCUGGAGCUUCCUAAAGGCCGGGGGUUCGCCGACGUCGGAAUGUUGUAUAGGUGCCGAAAACAUUGCUGACCUGACGAAUUCCAAGCAAGACGAACGCAAACUAUGUGACUGCCUUAAAGGGGAAUUGCCAAAGAUCGGGCCAUAUGACCCUAAUCGACUGCCUCUAAUAGAGCAGAAAUGCGACAUCGAGUUCUAUAUUCCUCCGAUUACCGGUGCUACUGAUUGUUCCAGGUAA